AUGUCAUCAUCGUACUUUCUCAGAGCAAUCUCGCUUAUAUUCAUACUCCUAUACCUAUCAGACAAUACCUCCACCCUUCCAGACAAAAAUGAGAGUGUAACACAAAAGCUCAUCCAAGACAUUUGCUCGAAAACAAGAAACCCGUCUCUCUGUGCAAACAACCUAAACCCGUUAAAAGGCACUCGACUUCUCCACAGACCGUUGUCCGUGCUUGCAACGAACCUGAUAAGCACAGCGAAAUCGAAUGCCGAGAGAACAGUCACCUUGUUUCAGGAACGCCUUCAUGGCAUGCCGAAGGCUAAACUUGAGCUUAAAAAGAAGUAUAAAAAUUGUGGAAAGAGUUACACAAAUGUUAUGAAGCAACUCAAAACAAUCAAGACAUACUUAACUCGGGAAGAUAUGGAUCACGUUAAAAGGUACACGAUGAUGGCGGCCGGCCAGGUUCGUUCGUGCGAUGUUGUACUAGCCGGGCCACCAUGGAUCGAGCUCGAGGCGAAUAUAAAGUUGUUGCAGGCUAAUAGGGAGUUCAAGGAUCUUUGUGAAAUAGUUGUCAAUAUUUGCAACUUUUUGAUCUAUUAG